CAUCAACUGUCAUCUCUAUGAGUAUCUCUACAUUAAUGAGGAAAAGAACUGGACUGAAGCUCAGCAGUACUGCAGAGAGAGACACACUGACCUGGCCACAGUGUCUAACAUGGCAGCCAUGAAGAGACUCAACAGUACCAGAGCAGGAUAUGAGAGGGAUGUUUGGAUUGGUCUGUAUGCUCAGAGAGAUGGUGACAGAACAUGGUACUGGUCUCUGCCUGGAGUGGAGUUCAAUGAAAGGGAGACAAACUGGAACCGAGGAGAACCAAGUGAUGUCAAUAAUGGAAAUGAGAACUGUGGAUAUUUAAAUAAUGGCCUUAGAUGGAUAGAUACUGGUUGCCAUAAUACAUACCAUUUCCUCUGUUAUGAUGAAACUAAUAGAGCCCAGAAAUACCACUUGAUUAGAGAGAAGAAGACCUGGCAGAAAGCUCAGAGUUACUGCAGAGAGAAACACACAGACCUGAUCAGUGGAAUGAAGCAGCUACAGGAUGAAGAACUGAAGGAAGUGAUGAAGUCUGCAGAUAAUAAAACAUACUUUGGUCUGUUCAGAGACACCUGGAGGUGGUCAGAUGGAAGCAGUUUCUCUUUGAGACACUGGAAUGACCAGUUAAACAAUCAGCAAUACAAUACUGGUCAAUGUACCGUGGCUGGGAUUGAUGAUGAAGGCAGAUGGAAGACUGACAGCUGUAAUCUGGAAAAACCCUUCAUCUGUUAUGAUGAUAAAGUGAUACUAGUCCAAGAAAACAAAUCCUGGGAGGAUGCCUUAGACUACUGCAGAAAAUACCAUGUUGACCUGGUCACCAUCACCAACGAAACUCAGCAAACUUCAGUCCAGGAGAAAGCUAAGAAAGCCACAACUGAUUAUGUCUGGAUGGGACUGCACUACGCCUGCACUCUGGAUUUGUG